AAAGAUUCAAUUCUGACCGCUAAGUGGAUUGUGCGCGAAUAUGAAAUACUUAAUAUUCGAGAUUCUGCUUGUGGCGUUGCUCAGCGUCCUCGCGGCGGAAGCAGUUCCAGAACCACGCCCCAUGCUGCAGCACAGAGGUGGCCCCAGGGGAUUCAACAAGGAACAGCACAACGAAAGACAUCAACAAAGAUCCGAACACGAAGAGAAGCGAGAACACAGGGAGUUCCAUGAACAAAAACAAGAACACCAAGAGAGGCAUGAAGGACAUAGAGAAUUCAAAAAUGAAAAUCACGAAGAGCAUCGUGAAUUCAGACAACAAAACGAACAACAUAGAGAAUUCAAAAAUGAACAUCACGAGCAACAUAGAGAAGUAAACAAUCAACAUCUUGAACAAAACGAACACCAUGAAUUCAAACAACAAAAUCACCAACAUAGAGAAUUCAAAAAUGAACAUCGCGAACAACAUGAAGAAUUCAAAAACGAACAUCACGAAAAACAUAGAGAACAAAACGAACAUCGUGAAUUCAGACAACAAAAUCAACGUAGAGAAUUUAAAAAUGAUCAUCGCGAGGAACAUAAACAAAGUAGAGAAGAGAAGAGGACAGAGAUACAGCAGAAUCACCAAGGGAAGAAAGAAAAGGUUAUACGUAAAGUAAAGAACUUUUUAGAGAAAUUGUUUGGAAAGAGAGAUAACAACGACAGCAAUCAACUCAUGUUUGAGCUGACAGGCACUCGUGAUCAAGACGAAGCAUACGAAUAUGCGUCGAAUGUCACUGGUAUUACGGAUCUCGACCAGCUCAUAAAAUUCGUCAUGUUGGCGAAAGGAUCAAGAGAUUGGCAGUUCACCAUUGACUUCCUUAAGAAACUGGAAGGAACCGCAAAACUUGAAGUCAUUGUUCGUAUUAUUCGAGCGAUCACCAACGAACAAGAUCUCUUCAAGGCCUAUGAAGUGUUGGAGGAGAUGACAGGUCAUGGAAACUUCGAUGGCAUCUGGGAGGUGCUGCAGUGGAUAUCUGGUCGCAAGACCGCGCAUGAAGUCGUCGAUUUCUUCAGACAUUUGCUUCACGGAAAAGGUGGAGUAGCGGGGGUGAUUCUGCAGAUCCAAAAACUGACAGCUGGGGCCGGUGCAUCAGAAUUUCCACGAGUGUUCAAAGAUCUGAUGCAAGAAAAUGAUUUACAAGGAGCUUUCAAUUUGCUUAUAUCUAGCACCAGAAGUAGAGACAUUGGUCAAGCUAUGAAAGUGCUCUUAGAUAUAAUGCACAGUACGUCAGUCUCCAAAGCCAUCGAGCUGAUCAAGAAGAUCACAGGACAGGAACAACUCAAAUACGCCAUUGAAGACUUGUUACAUCAAGCAAACGAGCUGAACUUGGCUGAUGUGAUGAAAGAUCUGUACCGUGUAACACAGGAGAAUGACAUAGAGAAGGUGGUACAACAGCUAAUCUCCGUUUUUGGUUUACCUGAUAUUAUUAGCGUGUUGAAGAAAAUCAAUGAGAUCACAAAACGUCAAAACGCCAUAUCCUUCAUCGACUUCCUGAGGGAAACCACGAAGACCAAGAGCAUCCAAGAAGCCAGCAUUAUCAUCAGGAGUCUAACCAAAAAGAAGCUGACGUUCUUACAAGUCUUGGAGCAGCUCCGCACCAAGUCUGGCCAUGAGGACGCUAGGGACUUCUACCGGAAGCUCAUCUCCUUUACCGGCGCCUCGUCUCUGUCAGAAGCUUUGGAAGUAUACAGAGAAACAACAGGAGAAGAAGAUAUCCUGGACCUGUUCGACCGCAUGAACAAGUACACUAAGGUCACAGAUGACGUCAUCGUCUUCAUAGAGACCAUCCUCCGUAUCACAAACACCACCAACCUUCGAGUAGCCACCAACAAACUCAAGAAGCUCACUGAACAGACCAAUUUCUUCGAAUGUAUUGAAACUAUCUACUCCAUCGUCCGAACUGACCUCAUCAAAUUCUUUGACACCCUGAUCACCAUUAGCAAACGAUUCGUAUUUGAAGAGGUCAUCAGCAUAAUUGAAAAGUAUACCAAUGCAAAGAAUUUCAUUGCUGCGUUGAAGAAAUUGAGAGAAGCAACUGGUGAAAAAGAUAUCAUAAAGGCUAUCGAGCACAUCAGAGAGAAUAAACCGAGGGUGACCACGACGACCACGACCACAACGACCACGACGACACAGAAACCAGUCACCGAGCUGGAACAGCAGCUCAUAGAAAUCUUCGGAGUGGAAACCCUGCAAGAGCUCCUGGUUGUGCUGCGUACUAUCUUCAAUACUCAAACGAAAGAUGUGGUGACCGAAGUCGUGCAAAUAAUAUCGAAGAUCACGAAGACCAACAUAACGUCCUUCCUGCAGUACAUCAUCCAAAUUACUGGAACCAGCAACUUCCAGGAAGCUGUCACCAUCAUCAAGCAAAGCACCCAGCAGAAACUGACGGUGGUGGAAAUUUGGACUCGUAUUCUUCAAGAGUCUGGUCAAGAAGAUGUACAAGACUUCCACAAAAACAUCCUGAUCAUCACCGGAGCUAAGAGCAUAACUGAAGCGUUUAACAUUCUUGCCAAAACAUAUGGCAAUACAGACAUCAUCGUGAUUCUUCAAACUCUUCACAAGUUCACCAAGAACCAGGACAUCAUCAGCUUCCAGCUGAACCUGCUGAAGCUGACCAACAGCAGCAACUUGACUGAACUCACACAGAAGUUCACCAAAUUGACCAGGUCCAAGACUCUCAUACAAUCCUUCACUGUUAUCUACGAAAUAAUAGAAAUUGACAUCGAAGUUUUUAUUUCAUACAUCAUCACGAUCUCUGAAGAUUUCGAAGAGGUGAUCACAAUCAUCAUUGAGUACACAAAAACAACUGAUUUCGUACAAGCUCUGAAGACACUGAAGAAGGCUACAGGAGAAAAUACAAUAAUUGAAGCGAUCAAACACAUCCAGCAGAAGAAACCCAGUACAUUCACGACGACCACGACCACAACGACGACCACGACGACACAGAAACCAGUCACCGAGUUGGAACAGCAGCUCAUAGAAAUCUUCGGUGUGGAAACCCUGGAAGAACUACUGGUUGUGCUGCGUAGGAUCUUCAGUACUCAGACGAAAGAUGUGGUGACCGAAGUCGUGCAAAUAAUAUCGAAGAUCACGAAGACCAACAUAACGUCCUUCCUGCAGUACAUCAUCCAAAUUACUGGAACCAACAACUUCCAGGAAGCUGUCACCAUCAUCAGGCAAUGCACCCAGCAGAAACUGACGUUGGUGGAAAUUUGGAUUCGUAUUCUGCUGGUAUCUGGCUGCGAAGAUAUACAAGAGUUCUACAAGAACAUGCUCAUCAUUACAGGAGUGAAGAACCUAACUGAAGCGUACUCAGUUCUUGUGAAAACAUAUGGAAACUCAGACAUCAUCGUGACUCUUCAAACACUUCACAAGUUCACCAAGAACCAGGACAUCAUCAGCUUCCAGCUGAACCUCCUCAAGCUGACCAACAGCAGCAACUUGACCGAACUCACACAGAAGUUCACCAAAUUGACCAGGUCCAAGACUCUCAUACAAUCACUCACUGUUAUCUACGAUAUAACAGAAAUCGACAUCGAAGUGUUCAUUACAUACCUAACAACGAUUUCUGAAGAUUUCGAAGAAGUGAUCACGGUUAUCAUAGAAUACACUAAAACAACUAAUUUCGUACAAGCGCUGAAGACACUGAAGAAGGCUACAGGAGGAAAAACAAUAAUUGAAGCGAUCAAACACAUCCAACAGAAGAAACCCAGUACAUUCACGACGACCACGACGACCACGACCACGGCCAAGCCGCUGAGCGAGACAGAACAACAACUGAUCACGAUCACACAGACAAACUCUGCGGAGGAGAUGCAACAAGUGAUUGUCACCAUUUUCCAAACCGAAUCCGUGGAUCAAACUCUACAAAUACUCCAAUCAAUCACGAACAAGAAGAACAACAAGGAUGUGAUAUCGUUCCUGAAAUUCCUGCUGAAGAUAACGGGCACCACCACGCUGCAACAGGCGGUCAACAUCCUCAAGAAGACCACCACACAACAAAUUUCCGUGUUGGAGUUGCUGAAGCGCAUGAUACAAGUGUCCGGGCAUGAAGACAUCGAGGACAUCUACACACAACUCGUCAAGUUGGCCGCCGGAGCUAAAAAUUUGGCUGAGGCGCAUGAAAUAUGGGUUGAGAAUGACGGCAUGUCAGAUACCCUGCAAGCGUUCCAAUUCCUGCGUCAACUGACGGACCAAGAGGACAUGAUCGUGUUUCUGCAGACCCUCAUGAAAACAGCUAACGUCAAAGACAUCGCACGACUCACCGCUGUCUACAGACAACUCGUAGGAGAUGACAAGCUUAAUGCAGCUCAAGUACUUGUAGUUAUCUACAAAAUUGUGAAAGUUGAUCUCUACGAGUUCUUCAGGACUAUGACGGAAAUCAACAGAGAGUUCUUCAAGUCUGUGCAAACCAUCAUAAAAUACACACAAACUAAAGACUUCAUCAGCGCUCUAAAGAGACUGCCAGAAGCUACAGGCGAACAAGACGUGAUCGCAGCUCUGCGACACAUUGCACAAAACAAACCGAAUGCGUUCACGACGACCACGACCACGGCCAAGCCGCUGAGCGAGACAGAACAACAACUGAUCAUGAUCACACAGACAAACUCUGUGGAGGAGAUGCAACAAGUGAUUGUCACCAUUUUCGAAACCGAAUCCGUGGAUCAAACUCUACAAAUACUCCAAUCAAUCACGAACAAGAAGAACAACAAGAAUGUGAUAUCGUUCCUGAAAUUCCUGCUGAAUAUCACGGGCACCACCACGCUGCAACAGGCGGUCAACAUCCUCAAGAAGACCACCACACAACAAAUCUCUGUGUUGGAGCUGCUGCAACACAUGAUACAAUUGUCCGGACACGAAGACAUCCAGGACACCUACACACAACUCGUCAAGUUGGCCGGAGCCAAAACUUUGGCAGAGUCACAUCCUACUUGGGUUAAGUUUGACGGCAUUGAAGAUAUCUUGGAAGCGCUGCAGUUUCUCCGUAAGCUGACGCAACAAGAGGACUUGAUCGUGUUCCUGCAGACCCUCAUGAGUACAGCUAAUGUCAAAGACAUCGGUCAACUCACCACUGUUUACCGUCAACUCGUAGGAGAUGACGAAGCUAGUGCAUUCCAAGUACUUCAAACGAUAUACAAUAUUGUUCAAGUCGAUCUAUAUGUAUUCUUCAAGACUAUCGUCACAAUCAACAGAGAGUUCUUCAAGUCUGUGCAAAUCAUCGUUAAAUACACACGAACUGAAGACUUCAUCAGCGCACUAAAGAGACUGCCAGAAGCGACAGGCGAACAGGACGUGAUCGCAGCUCUGCGACACAUUGCACAGAAUAAACCGAAUGCGUUCACGACGACCACGACCACGGCCAAGCCGCUGAGCGAGACAGAGCAACAUCUGAUCAUAAUUACCAAAGUCACAACUAUUGUUGAAGUCAGGAAGGUAUUCCAAGAAAUCUUCGGUAGCGAUGACAUCGAGCAAGUCCUGCAAGAUAUCACAGAGAUCACUAAGCAAGAUGCGUUGACUUUCUUCGAGUUCCUGUUGAAAAUCACCAAAACCACCACUCUCCAGGAGGCGACUGAAGUGAUCAAGGCAACCACUGAACAAACACUCACUGUCCUGGAGAUAUUGAGGAAGACCUCAAUAGAGAGCGGACACGACAACUUGCAAGAUUUCUACAUCAAAUUGGUACAAUUCGCUGGAGUACAAACUCUACAAGAAAUAUUUGCUGUAUACAACAAGUUAACCGGUGCUUCCGAUAUCUUCAACUUCAUCAGCCUGCUGACGAAAUACACGAAGACCAAGGAUGUGGUGACAGUCCUCACCACCAUACUGCGGGUGACUCACUCCAAAACUAUAGGGGAGGCGACACGGAUUCUCGCUAAGAUCACCAAUACCCAGGAUCUUAUUCAGGCGUUCGUUGUAAUUAACGGCGUUACUAAAAUCGAUAUCGUUACAUUCUUCCGUAUAAUCGAAACGUUCGAUUAUAAAGACUUCAUGGAGAUUGUUCGCAUCAUUGAGAAGUACACAGAUACGCAAGAUUUCAUCGAGGCAUUGAAGAAAAUAACCGUUUUUACUCGUCAGAAAGAUGCAAUCAAGGCCAUCCUACAAAUACGCGACAGUUGCACCAGAUCCAGAGACGGCAAAAUCAUCAUCAUCAAGAAAUCAGGAACCAAAACAGAAACACGAGAACAAACUAGAACCGAAACAAGUAAUUCAAAACAAACUAUCAAAACAGAAAACCAGCAAUCAAACCAACCACAACAACCAACUGGGCAACCCCGACAACCCAGCAGACAACCUCAGCAACCAAAUGAGAAACCAAAACAACCAACUGAACAACCUCAGCAACCCACUGACCAACUGACACAACCAAGGGACCAACCCCAACAACCAAAUAACCAACCUCACCAACCAAAUAACCAAUCUGAACAACCAAAUAAGAAACCACAACAACCUAAUGAUCAACCUCACCAACCAAAUAACCAACCUCAACACCCAAAUGACCAACCUCAACAACCAAAAGACCAACCUCAACAACCACAUAACCAACCUCAACAACCAAAUAAUGAAUCUCAACAACCAGGGCAACCAACUGACAAACCAAAUGGCCAACCAGAACAGCCUAAUGACCGACCUCACCAACCUGAACAACCAAAUAAGAAACCACAACAACCAACUGCACAACCUAAGCAACCCACUGACCAACCAGAACAACCAAAUAACCAAUCCCAACAACCAAAUAACCAACCUGAACACCCUACUGACCAACCGGAACAACCAAACAACCAACCGGAACAACCAAACAACCAACCUCAACAACGAGGGCAACCAACUGACAAACCAAAACAACCAAAUGACCAACCAGAACAGCCUAAUGACCAAUCUCACCAACCAAAUAACCAACCUCAACAACCAAAUAUUCAGCCUCAACAACCAAAUAACCAACCUCAACAACCAAAUAACCAACCUCAACAACCAAAUAACCAACCUCAACAACCAAAUGACCAACCUCAACAACCAGAGCAACCGACUGGCAAACCAGAACAACCAAAUGACCAACCUCAACAUCCAACUGGCCAACCUCAACAACCUACUGACCAACCGGAACAACCACAUAACCAACCUCAACAACCAAAUAUUCAGCCUCAACAACCAAAUAACCAACCUCAACAACCAAAUAACCAACCUCAACAACCAAAUAACCAACCUCAACAACCAAAUGACCAACCUCAACAACCAAAGCAACCGACUGGCAAACCAGAACAACCAAAUGACCAACCUCAACAUCCAACUGGCCAACCUCAACAACCUACUGACCAACCGGAACAACCUACUGACCAACCGGAACAACCAAAUAAGCAACCUCAACAACCAAAUAACCAACCUCAACAACCAAAUGACCAACCUCAACAACCAAAUGACGAACCUCAACAACCAGAGCAACCGACUGGCAAACCAGAACAACCAAAUGACCAACCACAGCAACCAACUGACCAACCUCAACAUCCAACUGACCAACCUCAACAACCUACUGACCAACGGGAACAACCAAAUAAGCAACCUCAACAACCAAAGGGCCAACCAGAACAACCAAAUGACCAACCUCAACAACCAGAGCAACCGACUGGCAAACCAGAACAACCAAAUAACCAACCACAGCAACCAACUGACCAACCUCAACAACCAAAUAACCAACCUCAACAACCAAAUGACCAACCUCAACAACCAGAGCAACCGACUGGCAAACCAGAACAACCAAAUGGCCAACCUCAACAACCUACUGACCAACCGGAACAACCAAAUAAGCAACCUCAACAACCAAAUAACGAAAAGGGCCAACCAGAACAACCAAAUUACCAACCUCAACAACCAACUGACCAACCAGAACGACCAACCGGCAGGCCUCGCAGACAAAAAGGACACCAUCAGACAAUCGAAAUCAUAAGGAAAUCCAAAAACAAUCAACACACGUCAACAACAAAUCAAGAAAACUCUUCAACAACAGAAAAUACGGAAAGUGAAACGCAAUGGAGCAAGGACAGCAAGACUCCAAGACCUGGUCGUGGAACUCCGCCAACGCGACAACCGCAGCCACUGCCAAAGAAGGGAGGGAAACUCAACAUCCAACAUGGGAGACAUGAAAUCAUUCGCGGUGUUGAAACCACAAUGAAGAUGAAGUUCCUGGUGGUUCCUCAUGGUGAGAAGGGCAAGAACUGCUUCUGUUCGUGCGACAGCACUGCUGCUCCCAAACUGGUACCGCUUGCAGACCUCCAAGAGCUAGACUCCUUUGGGAAAGAAAACUAAUUAACUCUACUCGUGUUAUCAGAUCAAAAUCAAAUCAAAUCAAAUUCUUUAUUCAGGCAACUAGGCCGACACAUUGCAUUUUAUUACAUUAAAUAAAAUAUAUAAAAAAAAUAAUUAACAUAAACUGGUUAGUAACUCGAACUGUCACCAAUGUUAAGGUGAUGAGCUGGCAUGCUCUCAUCCACCUCUCCAGCAGCGGCGAGUCCCACCGCUCAGACAUUGCGCCCAGGAUACCGUUAGUGCUGCCACGAAACCGGUUCAGCGGUUAUUAAUCCGACCCGAAAUAUUAUGCAUUUUCAGAGAAAUAACCAAAUGUAUAGUGUGAAAAUAAAUCCGUUGAUUAGUUUACAGUG